UAUUAUAUGAUGAACUAAUUUAAUAAAAACAUUUUAUUUCUAAACAUCACAGUUCAAUAUAUAUAUUUUUUUUCAGCUAAUCAUGCUGCCCAUCUUACUUGUGCUACUAUCUUCACUUGUUACUUCAAAUUCUUUUCCAUUAGGUAUAAACUUCAAUGAAUCCAGCUGCACAAACUCAUCAACUAAUUCUAUUAGCAGUUCGUAUGAAACCAAUCUCAACCAACUCCUCACCUCUUUAGUCUCCCAAAUUUCGACCGCCAAAAACGGUUUUCUAACGCACAAGCAAGGUCUACGACUAAAAGAUUCCGCAUAUGGCCUUGCGUUGUGCCGUGGAGACUCGAACCCCGACGAAUGUCAUGGUUGUAUUCAGAUGGCUACCAAGCAAAUCACAAGUUUUUGUCCAAACGCAACGCAAGCGAUAUUGUGGAAGGAACAAUGCAUGCUUCGAUAUUCUAAUCAGUCCUUUUUCUCUUCACUACAAGAGCAACCCUCCACAACAUUACACAACAUUAACAAUGUAACAAAUAAUAUUUCCGCUUGGUAUAAUGUACUCCAAGAAUCAUUGAAUAAUGUAACAUCUAUGGCUGCUUCCAACGAGUCAUCCAAUAAGUAUGCCACUACGUCAGCAUGGUUUUCGCCCAUGAAUGUGUAUUUGUACACUUUAGCUCAGUGCACUCCUGACUUAACAACAGCGAAUUGCAGCAAUUGCUUUAAUGCAGCUAGAGCUGAGAUUAUUAACAAUUUCAUAUACCGUGGAAGAGUCGUGUUAACUCCUAGUUGUACAAUCAGGUACGAGCUUUAUCAGUUUUUUCAGUUAUCGGAUUCUACUUUGAACUUAGAUCCGCCUCCUACAGAUACUGCUAAAACAAAUCGAGAAAAAGCAUCAGCAACGAAAAAUGCCGUCGCAAUCACUGUGCCAUUAAUAGCAUUAGGACUGCUACUUACUGGCGUUUUUCUCUACAUAAAGAAAAGAAAGAAGUACUCUUCUCUAGAUGUUAAGAAAGUGCUUGGUGAUUUGACUACUGUGGAGUCUUUGAUGUACGAACUGAAGACGCUUGAAGCUGCCACUAACAACUUUUCGGAAAAUCAAAUUCUUGGUAAAGGAGGAUUCGGAAGUGUUUAUAAGGGAACUCUCGCAAAUGGACAAGAAAUAGCAGUUAAAAGGCUAUCGAAGAUUUCAGGCCAAGGAGUGGAGGAAUUUAAGAACGAGGUUGUAUUAAUAGCCAAUCUUCAACACAGAAAUCUGGUUAAGCUACUGGGAUUUUGUUUAGCAGGAGAAGAGAUGUUACUCAUCUAUGAAUUUGUUCCUAAUAAAAGCCUUAAUUACUUUCUAUUCGAUGCACAAAAGCAAGGAGAAUUGAAGUGGUCUACACGCUAUGAUAUUAUAAAAGGUAUUGCUAGGGGACUACUUUACCUACAUGAAGACUCGCGACCAAGAAUCAUUCACCGUGACCUUAAAUCCGGAAAUAUUUUGCUUGAUGCAUAUAUGAACCCAAAAAUUGCCGAUUUUGGUUUGGCAAGAAUGUUCAAGGUUGAGCAAACAAUGGAUGAUACCAGCAGAGUUGUGGGAACAUAUGGCUACAUGGCUCCUGAAUAUGCAAUGCAUGGACGAUUUUCUGUAAAAUCAGAUGUAUAUAGUUUUGGCGUGGUAGUUUUGGAGAUUGUUAGUGGCAAGAAGAUUAGCGCAAAAUUCCACCCAUCCGGAGUUGGAGACCUCUUGUCCAAUGCUUGGAGAAGUUUGACAGAAGAAAAACCAUUGGAAUAUCUGGACCCAACCUUACACAAUUCUUAUUCAAGUGACGAAGUCUUGAGAUGCAUUCAUUUAGGCCUAUUAUGCGUACAGGAGAAUGCGAAUUAUAGACCGACUAUGUCAAGUGUUGUUCUUACGCUCAGCACUGAUUCAACGACAACCGGAACAUUGCCAACACCUCAGUUUCCUAGAACCUUUGAUAAUAGCAGUAGUACUGAAUCAUCUUUUAUGUCUAGGUUAAGCAUACACUCAACGACAACGGAAAGCGAAUUAAAGGCAUCGUCUAAAAAUCAAAUCACGAUUAGUGAGAUGAAUCCCAAGUGAUUUACUCUGGUUUGACGACAGCAUGUAUUUAAUUAGACACAAUUAUUGAUCAGAGAGGUAUCUUUGAUAUAAUUAACACUGGUAGAUGAUUAUGAUAUGAUGAGCUUGUUUUGUUGUGUAAUGUGAGACAAAGAAGAUAUA